AUGCAGCUUCUUACCGUCGCGCACCGCCCGAUGCCGUGGCGGCGGAUCAUCAAGACACAUUUCCCCUCCCUCUCCGUGAAGGAGCUAGUCGUGGCGUUUGUGGAGAAGGUUGAGGGGGAGGAUCUUGAAGGGGAGGAGGCCGCGGCGCUCGGUUCGCCCUCUUUCACCGCGCCGCUUGUUCUUGGGGAGUGGGAGGCGAGUAGGAGCGUCGGCCAUGAUGGGGAGGAAGGCCUUGAUUCGAAAAACCGUAGAAAGAAGGGGAUAGACGGCCUCUCCUCGCCAUCUUCAGCCGCGUCUUCGGAUCAUGAGAGUGAACCCAGUGAGGGGGGGGAGGGCACGAAGACGGCUGAGGACAUUCUGGAGAACAGCCUUUCAAGGGCCGCUCGACCGUUUUUCACACGAGAAAAUACAAUUUCUGACGACCCGUUACUGUCCAUUCCACGAACCGGAGAUGAGACAUAUCACCAUGGUCGAAGAAGGAAACACUGGCUUGAGCGUCUUCUUCCCAAAGGAUAUCUUAAAGGUCCAGGAUCAUUUUUAUCCGAUAUUCACGAUUACCCGGCGGAUGAUUAG